GCAUAACAUGUGAUAUUGACCAUCUUUAAGUAUCUUAGUGCUUUUGUUUACAUGCAUCAGUACACAUGGUGUAGUUGUUCUCAAGAGCAAAACACGGUAGCCAUACUAGCCUUUGUCUGUAGUGAAAGUUGUCUUAACAUUUGAAUGGAGUAUGGCUAUGGGAAAGGAGAAAUUGGGCAGCUCUUUAUCGAAGGAUUUGUUAUGAAUAUUAAUAUUUGUUAUGCAUGGUAUUUCGGUUUUAUUCAUCAUGAGUUUGUGAAAACUUGUAUAUGUCCGUAUGUAAAUAAUGAGAAAAAUAAUAACAUGAAGUUGUCCACUCCAAAGAAAGGGGAGGAACUAAAGCCUAUGGCAUUGUUCAAGAAUGGAAAGAUAGAUACUCGUAAUAUAUUAGAAUUCGAAAGAGAUGCUCAAUCCAACGAUAUGCAAAGCCUGCUUUGACCGGGUACUUUUACUGUCAUUCGUAAUAGUUAUGAUGGAACUCUUAUCCCGAUUUGUACCAGACCCAAUGAUGUAUCUCUACCAGAUGACCUUGCUAAACGAGGGACCAUGUAGAGAAUCAGACUACAUAUAUUGGAUAUGAUCUGCUAGUGUCUUUCUAGAUAUUUCAGACCUUUUAUGCUUUUGUUGUACUUCUUAAUUAUUUAUCUCCAUUGCAGGUAUUUAUGCAUUAGCUUUUGAGCCUGUAAAGAUCCCUGUUUUUGCUGCUUUUGGUGACGAACAGAUUCUGUUUCGCAUGGGCAUUGAAUGAUUAUUGGUGAUGGUCUGCUGGGUCACCCAAUGUCUUCUAUAACACUGAAAUGAUUUUUGCUUUUUAUAAUUUGCUGCAGGUCAUAGUUGAUAUGAAGACAUUGAAGCAGAAUUUUCAUGAGCAUAUCCAUGAAGCGCAACAUUAUAUGUUGCUGUCAAGGGAUCUUCAUGAAAAUCUACUAGAGACCAGAAGGAAGGUCAUGAAACAUGGAAUUGAUCAAAGAUACAGGAAGAUGAGAGAUAUAUCCGAGACAGGAGCAAUAGCACGUUCUAUCCUUCACAAGAAACUCCGACAGUUUUGUGCCUCUGCCACUUGCCCUCCCAGCUUAAUACAGCAGAUAACAGUCUGCAUACUACAGCAGAUAUUACUGAAAAUUCUAUAG